AUGUGCAAACAAGAGCUACUUUUUGUAGUGUUUUUCGCAGUGAUUAUCGAUAGCAGUGUUUCGCUGCGAGCAAAGCGCCAAUUUUUUGCUCCACCAGCGGAGUGCGUUAUAUCCCGCGCCGACAUAGACGAGCUGGUGCAGCUCACCAAGCUGGUCGAUGGCCGUAGAUCGUCUCGGAAGCGUCCUCCCAGUGGUAAUCCCACCCCGAUAGACAACACCGACGAGUGUAGUCGUAAGCUUCGCGAGUUCAAAACGACCAUCCAAGAUGUGCUCGCACGGUACGGCACGAUGCAGAAAUCGUACAUAACGGCCAACCAGUACGAGUUGCUCAAAGCCCAGCAGGAGACCGAACUGACCGAUCUGAUGCGCCGGGUGGAUGGUUUGGAGCGUGAAGUCGAGCAGCGGUUUCAGGCAGAAAUUGAACGGCUGCGCAACAGUUUGCAGACGCUGAAGCAACGCUUGAACGAUAAGCUGCGGCAGCUGGAACAGGAAAGGGCCGUGGGUCGCCGGGCACAGGAGGCCCUUUGCGUGGGGUACAUCCAGGGUGAAAAUAUUGAGGAAGCCGUCAAAAUAUACCGGGCCUUGAAUGGGACCUACGAUAUAGUGCGGCUCACGAACGACACCUACCAAAUGGACGCAGACGGUGUGGGUGCGUUAGUAGCGUUUUACGAAGGGCUUCGUGAGGAUGCGCAGAAGUUUGGUACAAUCGCUGGCUACGAAAUGUUGCAUUCGCAUUUGGAUCGCAACAAUCAGCUCAACCGGGAACGGAGUAGGAUCAUCUUCCAUUCGCUGGUUGGGCUGGAACAUUAUUACACCAACCCGGUAGAUAUUAACCGUGUGCAGGUUUUGCGUGUGAAAAUGAUUGAUAAAUUGCAGUCUUUUGUCGGUUGA